CAAUUGCCUUAACAAACAACAGUAUAAUACCUUCCCCGCCCCCACACCAAAACCUCGCCAUUUUCUCUUCACACGGCAUUUCCAUUGACUUCAACUCAAAACUCUCGAAACUUUACUCCUCUAUGAAUUUUCCUUUCGCUCUCUAGUUUUCAUUCUUACUAGCACACACACACAAAUCAUCAAAAUCUCAAUUGGGUCAUCAUCCUCUUUGACGCUGCACAGCUUAUCACUUUCAUAAAAUCUCUCUGUUGGUGGGGCAUCAUUUUCUUGGACCAAUUUCAAUGGUAACUCUACAAACCCCACAAUCCACACAAACCCGUUACUCUUUCCAUGUUUUCUUGAGCUUCAGAGGUGAAGAUACUCGAAAAAACUUCACUGAUCAUCUCUACACAGCUCUCAUCAACGCGGGAAUACGAACUUUUCGAGACGAUGAUGAAAUCCGCAGAGGAGAAAACAUAGAAUCUGAACUCCAAAAGGGUAUUCGAGAAUCCAAGAUUUCCCUAAUUGUUUUAUCCAAAGACUACGCUUCUUCAAGAUGGUGUCUUGAUGAGCUAGUCAACAUUGUUGAUCGGAGGAAGAAAGAGGGUCAUACUGUUUUGCCUGUGUUUUAUACUGUGAGCCCUGAGGAUGUUGAGAACCAAACUGGGAGUUUUGCUGAAGCUUUUGUGAACCAUGAAAAGAGAGGAAAUGCGGAGACUGGAGAAAAAAGAAAGGUGUGGAUGGAGAAGAUGGAGAAGUGGAGAUUAGCUUUGAAAGAAGUUGCUAAAUUGGAAGGAAUGUGCUUAGCUAAAGAAGUUGACGGGCACGAGGCAAAAUUCAUCCAAAAAAUCAUCAAGGAGAUACUCAAAAGAUUGAAUCGCACAGUACUUAGUGUACCUUCAUACACAGUUGGGUUAGAGUCUCGAGUGAAGGACAUUAACUCAUGGUUACAGGAUGAAUCCAGUGAAGUUGGCAUUGGGGUGAUCUGUGGACUUGGUGGUGUAGGAAAGACUACUGUUGCUAAAGUAGCUUACAACUCUAACUAUGACAGAUUUGAUGGCAGUUGCUUUCUUGCAAAUGUCAGAGAUAUCUCAGAGAAACAUCCAAGUGGUCAGGUUUAUUUGCAAAAACAAAUUUUUGAAAGUAUUUUGAAAGGCAGAAAGGAAAAGAUAUACAAUGCUGAUGAAGGAAUUGUCAAAAUGAAAGAUGCUAUUGGCAACAAAAAGGUUCUUAUUGUAUUUGAUGAUGUGGAUCAGCUGGAUGUCUUAGAUUCACUUAUUGGGACAAGGGAUUGGUUUUAUCCGGGGAGUAAAAUUCUCAUAACAACAAGGUGUGAGAAAUUAUUGAAGGCGCACGAGAGGCACAUGUUAUUCAAGAUUAAGGAACUUGGGGAUGAUGAGUCCCUAAAGCUCUUCUGUUGGUAUGCCUUUGCACAAGACCACCCUCUAGAAGAGUUCAAGGUGCUUUCAACAGAGGCAAUACAGCAUUGCGGUGGGCUUCCGUUAGCCCUUCAUGAUUUGGGCUCUUUUCUUUCAGGGAGAGGUAUGGAAAUAUGGAGAAGUAAAUUACAGAAAUUGGAAGCAAUCCCUCAUAGCAAAGUUCAAAAGAAUCUUGAGAUAAGCUAUAAGUCUCUAGAUGAUCAUGACCAGAGGUUGUUCCUCCUUAUUGCUGCUUUUUUUGUUGGGAAGGACAAAGAUAAUGUUAUCAAGAUUUUGGAGAACUGUGAUUUUCACCCAACAGUUGGAAUUCAGAACCUCAUUGACAGAUCCCUCAUCAGCAUUGAUGACGAAAAUAAGGUGAUGAUGCCUCAACUUAUUCAGGACAUGGGGAAAGAAAUUAUUCGUCGAGAAUCACCGGAUGAUCCUGAGAGAUUGUGUAAAUUGUUGAACCAAUGGGGUCUAUCAAAUUACCUGACAGAGAACAAUGAAACUGAUGCAAAUGGAGGAGACCUCCCAAGUGCACAUCCGUCGGAAGAUGGUCUUGUUCCAGCACUUGGUCCUAAUGUUGCAAAAAGACCAUAUUAUCAAGAUUUUCCAGAAAUAGCUAUUCUGCCAUACCUAGGCAAUUCGUUGAAAAGGCGCUUUGUAGGACUUCUUUCGAUGUUUCCCAUAUCUGGUGGCCUCAAAAGAUUCUUCCCAUCAAAACAAAAAAAAAUGAAUCAGUUUGCUUAUCAUGCAUUUCUGAGUUUGGCAACCAAAAUAGGCAUGUCCUUUGGAGAUCAUCUUCAUUCAACUUUAUCAAAUGCUGGUAUUCGCACGUUCAGGGUUGAUGAACUUGAGAUAGAUGAAAAGGGAUGCAAAGAACUGCAGAAAACAAUUCAAGAAUCAAGAAUUCUCAUUGUUGUCUUCACUAAAGAGUAUACCUCUUCAGAGAGGUGCCUUGAUGAACUUGUGUUUAUACUUGAGAGUAAGAGAACUUUUGGACGUUUCGUUCUGCCUGUGUUUUAUGAUGUGGAUCCCUCAGAAGUCAGGAAACAAAAAGGGAGUUUUGAACAAGAUUUUUUAAUGUAUGAAGAGAGAUUUAAAUCCGGGAGCGAAGGAAGGAGACUGGAAUGGUUGCAGAAGGUGAAGGAAUGGAAGGCUGCUCUAACAGAAGUUGCUGAUUUGGGAGGAAUGGUCUUACAGAAUCAAUCUGAUGGGUGCGAGUCAAAGUUUAUUGAAGAGAUUGUGAAGGUGGUUGCAAGAAAACUAAAUCUCGCAGUUUUAAGUGUUGCUCUCCAUCCAGUUGGAAUAGAUUCUCGAGUUAGAGACAUCAAUCUCUGGUUGCAAGAUGGAUCGACUAGUGUUGAUAUUAUGGCUAUAUAUGGAAUGGGAGGUAUAGGUAAAACUACACUAGCUAAGACUGCUUACAAUCUGAACUUUGAAAAAUUUGAUGGCAGCAGCUUUCUUGCUGAUGUAAAUAAAACUUCAGAAAGACAUGAUGGUCUUGUAAGUCUACAAAGACAACUUCUUUCAAAUGUUCUAGGGAAGAAGGUUGAAAAGAUAUACAACGCCGAUGAAGGAGUCAGCAAGAUUCAAGAAGCCAUCUGUUGCAGAAGAAUUCUUCUUGUUCUCGAUGAUGUGGACAAUAGAGAUCAGUUAAAUGCUGUACUUGGGAUGAGAGGAUGGUUUUAUCCGGGUAGUAAAAUUAUCAUAACAACCAGAAACCAGCACCUAUUUGAUACUAGUGAAGUCUGCAGAAGUAAGAUGUAUAAGGUCACGCCAUUGAAUGCUAAAGAAUCAAUUCGACUCUUCAGUUGGCAUGCUUUUGGAAAAGAACAACCUUCAGAAGAUCACAAGGACCUUUCAGAAAAUGUGAUACUUCAUUGUAAAGGGAUUCCUUUGGCUCUCAAAGUUUUAGGUUCUUCUCUUUGUGACAGAAGUAUAGAGGUGUGGGAAAGUGUAUUGAGGAAAUUAAAGGCAAUCCCUGACAAUAAGAUCCUGGAAAAACUCAGAGUUAGCUAUGAUUUGCUGCCAGAUGAUGAUGUACAGAAUCUAUUCCUCGAUAUUGUCUGUUUCUUUGUUGGAAAGGAUAAAGACUAUGCAGUUACUAUACUUGAUGGAUGCGGCUUUUUCUCAGUAGUAGGACUUGAGAUUCUUUCAGAUAGAUGUCUGAUUGAAAUGGACAAUGAUAAGCUGAAAGUGCAUUCAUUGAUUCAAGAUAUGGGAAAAGAAAUUAUUCGUCUAGAAUCCCCUUGGGAGCCUUGGAAGAGAAGCAGAGUUUGGCGAUGCAGAGAUUCCUUCAAUAUCUUGAAUGAAAAAACUGGAACUGAAAAAAUUGAAUGCUUAGUUCUUGACAAGGAAAUGUCCACAAAAUUGUCCAAAGUAAUCAAAUCUGUCAGAUCAUAUUUCUUCAAUGAAGAUAUUGGUCUGGUUGGUCAUGGCCAUUCAAAGAAACGCCGUAAGCAUUUUGGUGAUGCUGAUACAGAGGGUUCAAACAAUAUAGAAUUUGAAGCUGAUGCAUUUUCAAGAAUGCAGAGGCUGAGGAUUCUCCAGCUUAGUUAUGUAAGAUUCACUGAAUUCUAUAGUUUGUUUCCGAAAAGUCUGAGAUUACUGUGUUGGUCUGGAUUUCAUAUGAAAACCAUUCCUGAAGAUCUCCCUCUAGAGAGUCUGGUUGCCCUUGAAAUGAAAAAAAGUUGUUUGGAAGAAACCUGGGAUGGAACUAAGAUUCUCAGAUCAUUGAAGAUCCUCAACUUUAGUCAUUCCCAUUUCCUAAAAAGAACUCCUGAUUUUUGUGGACUUCCCAAUCUAAAAACUUUGAUAUUGAAAGACUGCAUUAAGUUGGUCAAGAUUCAUGAAUCAAUUGGAGUCCUCGACCGACUGGUCUAUCUGAACUUAAGAGACUGCAACAAUCUAAGGAAGCUACCUGGAAGCUUUUGUAAGCUCAAAUCCUUAGAAAAACUUAUUAUCUCUGGAUGUUCUAGACUAGUUACAUCAGCAAUAGAGCUAGGCAAGCUAGAAUCUUUGAAAACUCUACAGGCUAAUGGCAUGAAUUUUGGUCAGCUAGCGCCAGUUGGUGGUAAUGAGAAAUCAUGGAGGUCCCUCUGGCAAACUUGGUCAUCAAAGCUAAGAAGAUCCCCAGACUCUAACCAGUUUUCCUUCUCUUCUUUAUCAAGUUCGCUCGUCAGCUUAAGUCUUGCUAAAUGCAACUUAACAGACGAUGCUCUAUCGUUUGGCCUCUGUAACCUUCCCUCACUAUGCUUCUUGAAUUUAAGUGAAAAUCUGAUUUAUAACCUGCCUCAGAGUAUAAAGAAUCUUUGUUUGCUCCAAGACCUUUGGUUAGAUGGAUGUCCGAGCCUCCAAUCUCUGCCAGACCUUCCGCCGAGCCUUGUUACGCUGAAGGCAGUUAGAUGUUCGUCACUGGAAACAGUUACAAAUCUACCCAACCUAAUGUCAAUUCUCUUUUUAGAUGUCUUGGAAAGUGAGAAUUUAAGUGAGAUUUCAGGACUUUUCAAGCUAAAGCCCAUUGAUCAUUUUGAAGUGGAAAUAUUGAAUGCUCUAAGACUUCUCAAGCUGGAUAACAGACAAGAUACAGUGGUGGAAAUGUUUAGUAGGUUCACUAGCACAAAAAGGACAUAUUCAGUACAGCAGGGACUCUAUGAAUUUGGCAUCUUCAGUAUUUAUUUUCCAGGAAAUGAGGUUCCAAGCUGGUUCAGCAACAAGAGUGAACAGAGGUUGUUGACCCUGAAUGUCGAUUCACUUCCUAAUAUCAAGAUAACAGGACUGCACAUUUGCGUUGUCUAUGCACGUUCUAGUCCUCGUAAAUUUCGCUAUUUUAGGGACGGGCAUACAUUUUACAUCAAGGUCCAAAACAUUACAAAGGGUCUUAAGUGGAUUUAUGCCCCAUCGUUCAUUGGCAUUCCAGGAGAGAACAACAGGUUGACAUUUUUAUGCCACUGGGAGUUUGGGAAAUAUUUACAAACUGGUGAUCAGAUUAAUGUUUCAUUGCCUUGUUGGAGUAAAACUUUUAAGAUGAAAGAGCUCGGAGCUACACUUGCAUAUGAUAAGCAAGAAUUGGACCAGUUCUCAGCAUCUACUAGUGAAGCAAGAGAGCUUGCAAUACGACAUAAUCCAAUUAGUGAUUAUCAAUCCGAAGAAUGCGUCAUGGAAGUAUUUAUGCCUUCAUAUCAGAUGGCGGCUCAUCAUUACUACCUUUCUCACCCUGAUUACUUUGUGCUCCGCGACAAUUCAGAUUUAGCUGUGAGGUCAAUUUUGAAUGAGAAAUUGUUUGAGGAUUCUUAUGCGGAGACUGCAUGUUCAGGAGCAGAAGAAGAAGCUGACGAUGAUAGCAUCUUUGAUUACGAUGAGGAUGAAGAUGAAGAGGCUGCAAUAGCAGAGUUAGAGGAGUUGCUGCAAAGAUCUUGGUGAAAGAAAUGAAUCAAUAUGCUGAAGCAGUGUAACACAUUGGCUGACCAACUCAAAAAUAAUGAAUUUGUUAUACUUGAGGUGAAAGAUUAUAAUUCAUUAGUUGUGUAUCAGGUAGUGACAAUUCAUUACUAUUUUUCUCACCCAGAAAUAUAAUUUUUCUGCUUAAAGGACGAAAGGGAAGAGGAGCUGCAAACAGAGGUGGAUCUAGGAUUUAAAUAUUAGGGUACUUACUAUUGAACCUAUCAUAUUCUUAAAGUUAUCGGUUCAGACCCACUAUGUAUUGCAAUUUUAAUGAAUUUUUACACUAAAUUUA